AUGACAUUGAACACGGAAGAUGGGCAGACUAAGCCAGGUCCUGAAGAAACUCCUUACACCGGCCGCACUGUGGAUCUCACGGGACUGCUCAGCGCACAAGCCCUGGCCCCUCUCUUCGAUGCCUACCAAGAAAAUCUUCAAGAAAAAGAUACUCUAAUACUAGAUUACGAAAAACAAUUCGAAACUAUAAACAAAAAGUCUAAAUCAAUCGUCAAUGAGAACAAAACUCUCACAGAUAAAGUAAAAAGUUUGGAAGACGAGCUCGUGGGAGUGAGACAGAGUUAUAAGAAGAUGGUAGUCGAGAAAGAGACGGCUGAUAUUGAGAAAGCUACGCUUGUGGAAAGAGCUGAGAGGGCGGAGUCUAAAUUGAAGGAGGUUUAUGAAUUGUACGAGGAUAAAAUGUCAGCCAUGAUGAGAGAUUACGAGACGGUCCACAGAGAGUACUUCGUAGUGAAGAACAACCUGGAGAUGGCGGAGAAUAAGCUGGCGCAGCUAGACGCCCUGCGCGCGCGGACCGUGCCUGCUGACAUGCACGAACGGAGGCUCGACCAUUGUAAGAGGUUACUAGAAGAGCUAAAACACCAAUACAGUAUGGAUACGAACCGCAAAGACGAACAGCUAACGAAGACCCAGGAACAACUGAAACUGGUGGAAGAAAAGUGUGCCAAGCUGAUGCAGGAGAACCAGAAUACGAAGGAGGAACUGGAGAAGGCGUUGAAGAACGUCAGGUUGUACCGAAAAGCAGCAGUGAUAUUCAGACAGCGACUUAAGUCUGCCACGGCGCGUAUGACACGCGUGCGCUCCAGUGCGCGCCGAAACAAGAAUAAUAACAACGAACCGCUUCGUCAAGCCAUGGCUGCACUCGAUAAGAUCAAACAGGAGAUUAAGGUAGUAAAAUCCCGCGCCUACACGUCCCUAGAGGAGUUAGAACGUCGCAUAGUAGAGCAGGAGCGGAGAGCUGCGCUUGCGCAUGCUGAGUACCGGAGGGAACUAGAGAGGGCGUCACUUGCGUUGGAGCAUAAGGAGGCUAUAAUUAGGAGCCUCAUCGAUAAGGUGGCUGAUGUUGAAGAAGUCAGACUCAGCCAAACCAACACCCAUCGUCUUCAAGGUAUAAUAACCGACUCCUCACCAGAGGGAACGCCCUCCCCUCAACCGGAGACGCAGAAGAAGGAAGCCAAGCCUUCAGUUAAGUUGGUGCCAGGUCCUGGAGGAUACUUUCAGGAGAAAGAGGGCAAGAGGAAAGGGAAAUGAAUCUGGUCUGAUCUGAAGAAGCUGAUCUGGAAGAAAUUGGGGCAGGCUUGUGUAAGCAGUGGACAUUUUGUAGCUGAUACCCGACAUUCUUCCUAUUGUCUUAAACAUUCUAGUCAUGACUAGUCUUUAGAGCUGUAUCGUGGAUUGUUUGUUAAGUGUUCACUAGAUGGCGCUUACAUAUAUUGACGUCCCUUUAUCCAAUAGGAAAUAAGCUAGUGUCAAACUGUUGGUCGUUCCAUUUUUAACCUCGCAUUAAAAUAGCGCCAUCUGCUGAGCAAAAACGGAACACUGCCGUAUACUAUAGGUAUGUGCUUUUUAGAAAAGGAAAGUAGUAGUUUCAACAAUGAAUUAGAUUUUAUAAGACAUAGAUAAAUAAAUACAAUUUAUUUACUGAUUUCCUAUUUAACGUUGCACCGUUAAAUUCAUAGCAUUAAAUGUUUACCAAGAAUAAGAGGUUGUAUUAAAAUGAUAUUAUAAAUAG